GGGCGGCGCGCCGCGGUCGUGCGACCUGUCCAUGGUGUUGAAGGCGCCCUGCGCCCAGCUCCUCGAGCCCUGCACCGUGCGCCCUGCCGGGUGCGCCAACCUCCCCGUAGCCCGCCCCUUGCGCCCGCAGCUGCCGCCCAGUUCCCGCAAACCCCGGCCAAGUCUCGUCCGGUAACGCCGCCCGGGUGACCGCCGUCGGCCCGAGGGGAGGCUUGAAUGGCGAGGCCAGAGGCAGACGAACCAGGAGCUCGCAGCGGAAGGUCGGCCGAGACCGUGCACCCACGGGGAGCCCGCCUCUGAAUGCAACGUGCUGGCCAGACGGAACAAGGGACCUGCUGGUGAUCAUAGAACGGAGAUUUCUAAAAGACCCGACCUAGGAAAAAAGAACAUUUCUUUGCUUGCAGACCGGAAGAGGGAGAAUCGUUGAGAGGGAGACUUAGGGGAGAGCCUGGGGAGCCGGCCCUGGCAUCUAGAGGUUUCCUUCGCUGGCCGGCCGCAUCGCGGGUGCUUCCAUUCCUUGUCUUUGAGUAGUUCCUCCUGAGAGCCCGUCCCCCGCCCCAAGAAAGCCGUGCGAGUGGUCCCGCCGUCACCCUGCACAGAGAAAGCCCAGCAGCCGCGCCGCAGCCCAGGGCACUUGGUAUUUAGUUUCUAGCCGGAGGGCAGCGGUGCCCGAAGCCGGGCUGUGUGCGGACUCGGCCGGUUCGAAGCAGUCGCUUUCUGCGGGGCAGUGAGGGGGCGGGAGGCGGCCUUGCCAGGUUCGCCGCCGCCGGAGGCUGCACCUGCCCCGGAGGAUGCCCAGGGGCCCGCCGGAGCCUCUCCGGAUCAGAACUUUAUAGGCUGCCCGCCCCCAUCCCCGCAGUCCCUCCGUUGUGCACUGGCAGGUGGGGGCCGAGGCGGCUCCGCUGCAAGUCCCCCUCCUGUCCCCACCCCCCACCUUGGCUCGGCCACCGGUCGCUUUGUUCCGGGCGCGCGGAGGGAAGGCGAGGCUGCGGCGGAUCAUGCCCAUGGUGUAGCCGCGAAGCGGAGGCAUGGCUGCCGGAAGGUUACUGCUCUAUACGGGCCUCUCGCUAGCGCUCUGCGCCCUGGGCAUGCUGGCCGUGGCCAUCUGCUCGGACCACUGGUAUGAGACGGACGCCAGGAAGCACAGGGACAGGUGCAAGGCCUUCAACACCCGCCGGAUCGACCCUGGCUUCAUUUACAACAACAACAACAACUUGCCGCUCCGGGCGAGCCGCUCGCGCCUGGACCGCUGGGAGGGCAAGCUCCUCCGGGCCCGGAAUCGCCGGCAGCUCUUCGCCAUGAGCCCCGCCGACGAGUGCAGCCGGCAGUACAACUCCACCAACAUGGGCCUUUGGAGAAAGUGCCACCGGCAGGGCUUCGACCCUGAGAUCGCGGCCCUCAUUCGGAAAGGAGAAAUUGAGCGGUGCACGUACAUCAAAUACCACUACUCCUCAGCCACCAUCCCGAGGAACCUCACUUUCAACAUCACAAAGACCAUCCGUCAGGAUGAGUGGCAUGCCCUGCACCUGCGCAGGAUGACGGCCGGCUUCAUGGGCAUGGCAGUGGCCAUCAUCCUCUUCGGCUGGAUCAUCGGCGUGCUGGGCUGCUGCUGGGACCGAGGCCUUAUGCAGUACGUGGCAGGGCUUCUCUUCCUCAUGGGAGGAACCUUCUGCAUCAUAUCACUGUGCACCUGUGUGGCCGGGAUCAACUUUGAGCUGUCACGCUACCCUCGCUACCUGUAUGGACUCCCCGAUGACAUCAGCCAUGGCUACGGAUGGUCCAUGUUCUGUGCGUGGGGGGGCCUGGGCCUCACACUCAUCUCGGGGUUCUUCUGUACCUUGGCCCCUUCUGUGCAACCUGUCCCGAGGACCAACUGCCCCAAAUCUAGACCCGAGAAUGGGACAGUGUGCUAAAAAACAAACCCAUAAAUAUAUAUAUAUAUAUAAAUAUAUAUAUAAUAUACAUAUAUAAAACAAAACUAAAUCCAGAUGAUGCUAGUGCCAAGGAGAGUGGGGUUGGCUCAGGCACCCGCAUCCUGUCGGACUUUGUGGCCUCAUCACGGAGAUGGGGAAGGCGUUCCCACCACGUGGCUCCUCCGUCAGUUCUCACCUUUUGGCUCCACAGUUCCUUGAAGACACAGUGAACAUCCCCGCUCACAACGGCAUCCAGAUCCCUGUCACUCACGAGGACAGGGUGGUGGGCUGGGAAGGGACAGUGCCAGUGGGCUGGAGUGGCACCAAGGUGGAAAAGGAAGUGCCACCCACUGGGCCGUCACCCCAACACCGAUCCUGUCACAGAGAAGCAGCGCCCUCAUUCACAGACCGUCACCAAACCUUAGAGGCAGGGGCGGAACCCGCCCUUCUCCUGCUCUUCCUGUUCCAGUUUCCCUCCCGGCACCCCAGCCACAUGCAAGACGCCGAGGGGAAAACAAAGCAAGAAGGAAGUUUUCUCUUUGCCACCAAACUUUCGGACAAAGUUCAGGAGGUGGAAAGGGGGAGAGAACAACCUGCUGAGAGGCAAGAUCUGCGUCAACGGAAGGACGCUUCAGUGGAUGCUCAGAAAACCCAGUCUUACCUUCCAGCUGCCUUACACUGAGUUAAACAAGAGGCCGCCCCGCCCCCGACCCCACCUGCACUCCCUGGGCAGCCCGGAGCCUUGGGGUGAUGCUGUGAUGUGUGCGUGUGUAUGUGACUCUUUUGGGUGGUUUGCUUUUUCCCUUUUCACCCUUUAAAAUGGAAAUACUGCACUAUGACUGUUGUCUCUCAGUCCCCCAGGGGGGGUUUCCGGGCCGGCGCGGAGGCCGGAGACCAGGAGGAAUGAUGAGGGGCAGGCCCACGUGGGUGCCAGUUCUGCAGCUUCUGAUCCCUGGUGUGCGUGCGUGCGGCGGGUGUUUUCUGAGUGUAGGUUUUAUCAUUUGUGUUGCAUUUUUCUAUUAUUUGUAGUGCAGCUGAAAUCCCCAGAGGGCAGAGCCAAGAACAAAACCGCUGGGCAGGGGACCCUGUGGUUCUUCGCAUGACAGUUCUGGGAUGCCACAAGAUUUAGCCCUCUCAUUUCAGAAGUCCUCGGCACAGCUGGGCCCGCCAGCCGUGCACGAAGAGGGGGGCACGGUUCAGGAGGGAGAAGGAAGUGGCCCCUGUGCUCUUGUGCAAGUCCGUCCCCCCGACAAGACCUUUUCUUCCCCGUCCUGGAAGCUGCCCUUCAUCACUGGACACGCACCCCUUCCCCAGAGGCGACGUCCAUACAGAUGAAAGAAAAUGGGUCACAUGCAGAGAGAGCACCUCCAUGUCCCCUGGGCUCAAGUUUGUAUGAUACGAUGUAAAUUAAUGGACAACUCUCGACUCUUCCCCUCCUCUUCCUCCCCCUCUCAAUAGUCAAGGCCAGGAAUCCCCAAAGAGCCGUCCCAGUGGCGAGCACCCAAGUAGAGGUGGCCUAAGACCAGCCCGGUGUCUCAGGCUCCCUCGAGCACAUUGGCACACUGCAGGUGACGGAGCUACAGAGUCAGCCAGCAAGGUGUGGAAGCUGUAGGGGCAGGGCAGCCCCGCGGAGGCAGGAGAGAGUCCCCGCGCUCUAGAGCCACGGGUCAGCCAUAGAGCCGAGAGUUCAGUUGCUUCAGAAAUAAAUGCGCUUUGGGGACUUGGCCAACCACUCAGCAGCCCUCCCCCCAACCCAUGCACUCUGUUUCAUCCCUCCACCUCCAGAGGCCGCCUUUCCCACCCACCGACCACUUGGCACCUGCCACUCCCUCCGCCAGGCUGCGAGCCCCGCCUGUCUCUCCUCUGCCCUUUCGACUGCGCGUGGCUGACAUCAGAUGGGACCUCCAGUGCGCAUGGACGGGCCUGACCGUGGGUCUCUGUGCGUGUAUCUCUCUGGUGCAUUUUGCGUGCGUUUGCUCCAGUGCCUACCUGGACGCAGGUGUGGGUGUCCUCUUCAAGGCUUCCUUGCCAGCAACACUUGUCAGCUUCUGCAAAAGGUCUCGCAUGCGAUGCCCUGGGUAUGGGUGUGCGGGGCGGCGAGGGGCAG